UUUUCAUUUCAAUUGCAUAGAGACCGAUAGAGUCCGCUCAAAGUUCACAAAUCACAACAUCCAACCGAAAUUUUUUUACAUGAUCAGCUUUCGUUCACUGUUCAAAACAUUUGUUUCGAGCAGUCCUAUCACCACCAGUAAAAUGCCAGCAAGUCAGAUACAUUCUGAAAAGCAAGUUCCAACUGAAACUGCUUCAUUUGGAAUGUCCUGAUUUUGGUUUCCUGAGGCACAGUUUGGUAGUCAAGGACUUUAAAUGACUUAAUACCUACAUAUGCUUGCUAUAUUGUUAUUUAUUUUUGUUGUAAAAGGUUGUGCCUCAGGUGUAAUCCGUACUCGCGUAGGAUUCAGCGGAGGCGCCAAACCUAAUCCAACUUACAGGAGCUUGGGAGACCAUACUGAAACAACAGAAGUUGUAUACGAUCCAACCAAAACAAAUUACUCAAAUUUGUUAAAUAUGUUUUGGAAAAACCAUGAUUCUACUCAGAAGUGUACGCGGCAGUACAUGUCUGCCGUCUUUUACCACAACGAAGAGCAAAAAAGGCUAGCUAUUGAUUCAUUGGAACAGGCACAAAAGGUUAUAGCGAGACCGAUUCAAACGCAAAUUUUAAAAGCCUCUACUUUCUAUGAAGCCGAGGAUUAUCACCAGAAGUAUUUGUUACAACAACAUCCAUGGCUCAUGAAUGCGCUAGAUAUUUCACCAGGGCCGGAAUUGAAUAAUUCAAACAUUGCAACUCGUCUGAAUGGUUAUAUUGGUGGAUAUGGAACUUUGGCAAAUUUCGAAGCCGAAUUGCCAAAUCUACACCUUGAUGAUAAAAUGGCAGACUACAUCAGAAGGGCCAUGCAAAAGGGGAGUCGGGUUAAUUGUUAGUAUUUUACAAAAAUGUUAUGCCUUUUUCCAUAGUAGUAGUUUUACGCCAAAUGUAUUUUGUGCUUGAAAUUUUCUGACGGAAUACGUAUGAUUCGAACAGAAUCAACUUUUAUGAAGUUUCUGCUCGUUGAUAUUUUCGCAAUUCUGAAUUCAACCAAAUUUCAACACAGAAAAAUACAUAAUGAUGGUGAUAUCUU